UGUCAAUAAAAAUGUAUUUAAAUAAGUAUAAAUGUUUAUAAAGGGCGCAUUAAGUUUAUCUACGCUCCUGAAAGAGCGUCGAAGUCAAAGGAUAGCUGCGAUUUAAUAUCACGCCCACGAGGAAGCACAUUUGGGGGUAUAUAGAAGGGAGAAUGUGUGAGUUUGCGUGAGUUUGAGUGAGAGAGAAAAGCCGUGCGCUAGUAGGUAGUCCACGGAGUGAGUCAGACAGAGCGCGAGGGUGUAAGGGACAAGGAAAACACUAAGAGAAGUGGGGAGUUUGGAUAUGGCAGCCGAACAGUUUGCUGUUUGCUUCCCAAAGGUUCGGGCCGCUUGUUCAACGUGUCGACUAUAUCGGGGCCUCGAUUUCUUCGAAUCCCGAUUUUGUUUCUCGCGGUUAUUGUUGAUAUUAAAGUGUUACGAUUGAACGAAGAUUGUCGCGGGGUGUGCAGGAGUAUUGCUCCUGGGGAGGGAUGCUCAACAAUAUUUCUGCUGGAGCUUCCAUUCAUGGCAUUACCGGAGCAAAAGAUCUUCAUGCGCAGGAGCUGAAACACGAAAAAUUGGACGGUGUCCUGGGGGCGAACCUGGGUGGAGGUCUGUCUGCUGGUGGAGGGCUUACGCUUCAUCAAGAAUUAAUAAUGGGCAUGCCUGGAGCAGGAAGUGCAGCAGCGAUCGGCCAGGGUGACGAUAAGCCAGCAAAGCAGAAAAGACAUCGAACAAGAUUCACACCUGCACAAUUAAAUGAGUUAGAAAGAUGUUUCGGUAAAACUCACUAUCCUGACAUUUUCCUAAGAGAAGAAAUAGCCAUGAGGAUCGGAUUGACUGAGAGUAGAGUUCAGGUCUGGUUCCAAAACCGUCGAGCAAAAUGGAAAAAACGUAAGAAGACAACGAACGUGUUCAGAACACCAGGAGCUCUGCUACCGUCCCAUGGACUUCCGCCUUUCGGGGCGAUGGGUUCAGAUCUUUGUGGAGCUGCUGGAAUGUUUCAUGCGCCUGCCGAUCGAUGGGGAAUGGGUCCAGGAUUAGGUCAACUGAGUCAAGGAAGCAUGGGAAUGGCAAGUUUUGGGCAAAGUUUAGGCCAGUUAAGUCAGCAGACUUCAGGAAGUCUUGGUUCUAGUCUGGGUCUUGGUAACUCUGGUCUGCCAAUCAGUAGUCCAUCUCAAACAGUUUACCAAGCAAGUUAUGGACUUAAUUCACUUGGUGGAAUUCACGUGACGGCGUCCCGCGGCUCUCCACCAGGUGCUUCGUCGACGGGCGGUGGCCAGGGUGGAGGAGGUUUAGGGGGUAGUGGAAUGAAUUGCGGACAGGGCUCGCCGGGUGCUGCGUCCGGUAGUGGUGGUGCCGUUUCCUGCGUUGGUAGUGCGGAUGGGAGUGCCGGAGAAGCUACGGAUUGGAGAGGUGCGCACAGCAUCGCGGCGCUUAGGCGUCGUGCUUCCGACGCCUCCCAGCAAUACAGUCCUCAGCCACCUCCACCCUCUGGCCCACCACAAUACUCAUCCCAUGAUCUCGAAUACAGUUCAGUGUACUGAGAAUAAAAUCCACAAGACUUGCAGGAGCUGUAGGAAGGCUACUCUAAAUUUAUUCUGGAGUUUGCCAAGAGUUAUGCAAACUUACUAAGGAAAAAUAGACACGACUUAUUUGCACUAUGACUGAAUGUUUUGUUUCAAUUCAAAGUCUACAGUCGGUAAUUUAUUUUUAUUUUAUUUUUGUUUAAUUAAUUUUUUCUUCUCUUCGGUUGGAAAUUUUUAUUUUCCUUUUUUAUGCCGAUUUUUAUUUA